CACACACCCUCAUCCACUAUAGUAACCAUUAAACAGUGAAAAUCUGAUCUGAAAAGCAGCUUUAAAGGCAAACUCAAAAUGGCUCCGGCGUUUCCGGUGCAUAAAGCUCGCCUGAUUUCGAUGGCUUUCGAAAAGGACUUCCGCCCUAAAACUAGCGUUAAAAAAGAUCGCGUUUCGUUUACGGAAAACUUUCGCGAAUAUUGCCUAAACACCACCAUUCACGGUCUGAAAUAUGUGGGAACGGUUUCGCUCACGCUCUGGGAACGAAUCUAUUUCUUUCUGACGUUCAUCGUCGUAACAGCGUGCGCCGUUUACUUUAUUUCGAACGUGUACUUAAAGUGGCAAUCGUCGCCUAUCAUAAUCGGGCUCAAUCCGAUAGCCACGAAUAUCAAGGACAUCCCGUUUCCGGCCGUUACGAUCUGCAACAUGAAUCAGGUUCGCCGUGAGGCUGCAGACCGCAUUGAGGCACACACUCUGGAACAAACCGUGUUGCAAGCAAUCUGCUCCAUCGACGGUGAUAUCAACGUGACCCAGUACGAAGGCAAAUGGUCAGCGGUAAAGCAGCUGCUGCUGAGCGCCACUCAACCUUGCUCUCGUCUUCUAAAAGCCUGUCGAUACGCAAAGCAGGUGGAAAAGUGCACGGAGAUCUUCCAAUCCGUGCUAACCGACGAAGGAUUGUGCUGUACGUUCAACACGCUCGAUGCAACGUACAUGUUUCGUGGGACAGAUGCGCUCAACAUAUUCCCACCCGAAGCCGGUCCCGAUGCUGAUCGAUUUCGACCAAUACUUUGGACGCCCGAAGGUGGAUUCGCCGAACGCCCGACAAACAGAACGUACCCCCGGGUCAUCCCGGGACCAGGCGUGGCGAUGGGACUAGCUAUGGUGCUGGACGCGAACGUCAGCGAUUAUUACUGCUCGUCGACAUCGUCCACCGGUUUCAAAAUCAUCUUUCACAGCCCAAGCGAAACGCCGAAAAUAACGGACUACGCGCAGUACAUUCCCGUUGGGUCAGAGACCCGAAUCAUCAUUACACCGAAGAUUAACGAUGCGGCGAGCCAGAUCCGGAAGGUGUCCCAAGAGCAACGGCAGUGCGUUUUCGCCAACGAGGCCAAUUUGUCGUAUUACAGCGUGUACUCGCGCAACAAUUGUGAGCUUGAGUGUGAGGCCAAACUGAUCCUGGAGAACUGUGGCUGUGUACUGUACUUUCUGCCGAAGCUGUACGAGGACACGAAGAUCUGCAGCCGCGCCAACGCUCGGUGCUACGAACAGAUUCGUAAUUCGAUCGCUUUCACCGCCAAUACUAGUCUCACCUGUUCCUGUUUGCCCGGCUGUUUCGAGAUCAGCUACGUACCGGAUCUGACGACGGCCGAGUUGCACGUAGGACAGUUUGGUAUCCGCGAAACGAUGCUCGGCGACGUGAAGGAUGAGAAAUAUGCCAAAGAAAACCUUGCCCUUGUGUACGUGUUCGUGAAAGACACCUACUUCCGGAGCUUUACCAAGGGCGAAUUGGUUGGAUUCACGGAUUUUUUGUCCAACGUUGGUGGCCUGCUGGGACUGUUUCUGGGCUUUUCAAUCAUCUCCCUUAUCGAGGUUAUCUACUUUGUGACACUUCGACCGUACUGUGCCAGGCGAAAGCAACGGAACGUAAACAACGGCGUCGACGCAGAGUCAUAUCCUGGGAACGCUGCACGGCGGGAUUUAAUUACGUUUGGAUUCAAACCGGAGGUGCAAUUUGUUGGCCGGUCAACUGACAUGGGUUACGAACAGAGUGGCAUCCAGCGAGGAAUCACCAACAAUGGAACGGUAACUGAGCUCACUGCAAAGCUUAAAAACAUAGCUCACUCUCGAAUGCGACAGGCCGGUGACUGGAUUCACAGUACGUUUCGCCUCCGAAAAAACCAACACGGACUGGAGCCACCGAACCGAGCAACAACGAUCUAUCCAUUCUGCGACUGAGUGAAACUUUAACACCGACACCCAGGGAGAGAUCAGUUAAUGCUCCUGUGGGAGGCAACACGUUUAUUGUCAGCUAUCUGGCACCGAAGUCACCUUUU